UCUCCUUACGCAGCCCACCUCUACGAUGCCGAGAACCCUCAGACACCACUCCGGAACCUCCCGGGCCUCUGCUCUGACUACUGCUCCGCCUUCCACCGCAACUGUCACGCUGCCAUCUCCCUGCUCACCAAUGACCGCAGCCUCCAGGAGUCCCAUGAAAAAGAUGGCGCUCGCUUCUGCCACCUCCUCAACCUGCCCGACGAGGACUACUGCUUCCCCAAUGUCCUGAGGAACAGCCAACUCAACCGCAACCUGGGAGUGGUGGCUGAGGACCACCGGGGCUGCCUGCAGCUCUGCCUGGCCGAGGUGGCCAAUGGGCUGAGGAACCCCGUGGCCAUGGUACAUGCUGGGGACCACACCCACCGCUUCUUUGUUGCUGAGCAGGUAGGAGUAGUGUGGGUCUACCUCCCUGAUGGGAGUCGCCUGGAACAGCCCUUCCUGGAUCUCAAGAGCAUGGUGCUGACCACACCGUGGAUUGGGGAUGAGAGAGGAUUCUUGGGGCUGGCUUUUCAUCCCAGAUUCCACCGCAACCGCAAGUUCUACAUUUAUUAUUCAUGUCUGGGCAAGAGGAAGGUGGAGAAAAUCCGGAUAAGUGAGAUGAAGGUUUCUCUGUCUGACCCUAACAAAGCGGACCCCAAAUCAGAGAGGGUCAUCUUGGAAAUAGAUGAACCAGCCUCAAACCACAAUGGGGGACAGCUUCUCUUUGGCCUGGAUGGCUAUCUGUACAUAUUCACUGGGGAUGGAGGGCAGGCUGGGGAUCCCUUUGGCAAGUUUGGAAAUGCUCAGAACAAAAGCUCCCUGCUGGGGAAAGUGUUGAGGAUUGACGUGAAUGGAGCAGGCACAGAUAGCCGGCGGUACCGAGUGCCCUUGGACAAUCCCUUUGUGUCUGAGCCGGGUGCCCACCCUGCCGUCUACGCCUACGGGGUCAGAAACAUGUGGCGCUGUGCCGUGGACCGAGGGGACCCAGUCACCCGCCAGGGCCGAGGGCGGAUGUUCUGUGGGGAUGUGGGCCAGAACAAGUUUGAAGAAGUUGACCUCAUCGUUAAAGGCGGGAACUAUGGCUGGAGGGCGAAGGAAGGAUUUGAAUGUUAUGAUAAGAAACUUUGUCGUAAUGCUUCCUUGGAUGACAUUCUGCCCAUCUAUGCUUAUGGCCAUGAGGUGGGAAAGUCGGUCACUGGAGGGUAUGUCUACCGUGGGUGUGAAUCCCCCAAUCUCAAUGGCCUCUACAUCUUCGGGGACUUCAUGAGUGGUCGACUUAUGGCUUUGCAGGAAGAUAGGAAAACCAAGAAAUGGAGGAAGCGAGACGUCUGCCUGGGCAACGCAACCUGUGCCUUCCCGGGGUUGAUCAGCACCUACAGCAAGUUCAUCAUCUCCUUUGCGGAAGACGAAGCGGGGGAGCUGUAUUUCCUGGCCACCUCCUACCCAAGUGCCUACGCACCACAUGGAUCUAUUUACAAAUUUGUCGACCCGUCAAGGCGCGCCCCGCCAGGCAAGUGCCGAUACAAGCCAGUGCCCGUGAAGACCAAGACUAAGAAGAUCCGCUUCCGGCCGCUCGCCACCACAGUUUUGGACUUGCUGAAGAAGGAGGAGUCACAGAAAGUGGCUGGGAGGUCAUCCAACGCAACCUUGGCUUCAGACCGGGCUGCAUCUCAGAAGGGCUCCCCCAAGAAGCCAGCUUCUCCCACAAGCAGACAGAAAACAUCGAGAGGGUCUGGUACCAAGAAGAAAGGCAGAGUGUGGUCCCCGGGUCCCCGGGGCAAGAGGAAGCAGAAUCCCCACGCCCGUAGUGCUGGGAUAAGGCAAGUGGCAGAGCAGAAGUCCCCAGGCAGAAGCCAACAGUGACCUCUUGGUCAAGCUGGCUGCUGAGACCAGAGUUAGGAGAUGGCCUCACAAAGUGAAAAUUGCUGCUGGCUGCUGAGGGUGGGUCUCAGACAGUCAGGGAGCCUGGGUGG